UCUUGGAUUUCUAUCUUGGAUUUCUAUCUUGGAUUUCUAUCUUGGACUGGUGUCGGUAUCCACACACCCCCGCAAGCACUCUCUCGCCACGAUCGCCUUCUCCUGCGGUCUCGCUUCCGUUCGGCCCCCAAUUCCUGGCCCGACCCUGGCCCCCAAAUCCUGGUCCGCACUUUGUCCUCCGUCGUCCGCCCAUCUCCCUCGGCCCUUGAACUAUCGCCGCCUUGGCCAUUGUUCUUCGAUCGAUUUGGCCCAUAUCUUCACAUAGCACACUUCUCUACGCCACCUCGGCCCGGAACCAGAUCCACCUCAAGUGUCGCCGGCUCUCGCUUCUUCAUCCCGCUGUACUCUGUUAUCAUGACGCUUGUUCGCACUCGCUCGGCAGCUGUGCUUCUUGGCUCCCUCGCGGGUUCAUACUUGGCCUGGAACUACGUUCGAUACUUGGUGCGGGCUUUCCGAUCGCCUCUGCGAAAGCUCCCGGCUGCCAGCGACACCUUCUGGGCUGUGAUUCUGGGUCCGCUGGAUCGGUUUCGGAUCGGCAUCAAGACCUUCUUCAACCAUAUCCACUGCCUGCAUCAAAAACAUGGCCCCGUCGUUGUUACCGACGCCAAUACCAUCAGCGUUGCUGACCCCGAGCUUGUCAAGCUGGUCCUGGUCACCCACGACUUUCCGAAGCCCGCGAGCUACUCGACAACCUUUCGCUUUGUCGGGCACUCAUCGACGGACUCGCUCUUCUCUACUACCGAUAAGCUGUACCAUCGCAGGAUGCGCCGCACCCUUUCUCAUUCCUUUGGUCUUCAGGAGCUCGGUGCCUUGGAACCCUUUAUGGACAAAUGCAUCACCAGCACCUUUGAUCAUCUCGAUUAUCUCCACGCCCAAGAGGCAUCCGGCAAUCCGGCGUACGUAACAAUCGACCUGUGGCGGUUCCUUGGAUGCUUUGCUCUCGACGUCAUUGGCGAGACGGCUUUUGGCCUUUCUUUCAACAUGAUCGAAAAGCAAGCCCAUCCACUUCCCUCGGCGAUUGUCCGCAGAUUCUACUUUACCAUCACAGCUUAUGUGUUUCCUUGGAUCCGCUAUCUGUUCUUCCUCCCGGGUGUCCGAGACGAGCGCGCCGACCUGAGCUACAUCGAGGCAUUCAUGCGGGACAUCAUUCAGCAGAGACGCAAGACCGACAGCGGCCCCAAGCGAGGUGAUCUUCUGCAGCGGAUCAUCGAGGCCAAAGAUCCAGAAACGGGAGAGCCUCUCACCGAUGAGGAGGUUGCUGCAAACACCGUCAUGUUUCUGAUUGCAGGAAGCGAAACUACAGGCAAUACCAUGUCCUUUGCGCUGAUCAAGCUCCUCGAGAACCCACGAGCUCUGAAGCAGCUGGUGGCCGAGAUUGACGCAGCUCACGUCGAGCCAACCUCUGGCCUCAUCAGCCACGACACUGCCAAGAGCCUGCCCUAUCUCAACGCCGUCAUCUACGAGGUCCUGCGGCUUGUACCGGUCGUUGCCGGCGGGCCUCUUCGCGAGUUCCCAUCCGACAUGAUCUUUGGCGGGUACUUUAUCCCCAAGAACACUCGGGUCGUUGUGUCCACGAUCGCAACCCACCACAAUCCCCAGAUCUGGACCGAGCCUGAUGAGUUCCUCCCCGAGCGCUUCCUGGACUUGGAGCAUGUCACCGGGGUAUUCAAGUCCCACGAAGCCAAGGGCGAGCUUCUCCCCUUUUCCUCGGGCUCGCGCAACUGCAUCGGCCGAAACUUUGCGCUUAUGGAGAUCCGGCUGUUCCUGGCCAACUUUUUGCGCAAAUACGAGAUCGAAGACGUCCCGGGCCAAGCCAAGGAUCUCGUGUUGGCUGUGACGCUGCGGCUGGCGUCGGAGACCUACAGGAUCAAAAUCAAGCCUCGGACCGGGCCGUGCUGAGCCCCUUCCUCCCAUUCAUCUCUUCAUCUCUUUAUCUCUCUCUCUCUCUCUCUCUCUCUCUCUCUCUCAAAAAAAAAAAAAAAAAAAAAAAAAAAAAAAAAAAAAAACUCACGCUGUGUCCUUGCCGAUGUAUAUCUGUUUUGUCCAACUAUAGAGUCCGCCAGAUGAUUACAGACCGGACUCGGUCGUGUAGAGUCGGGGAUGUGAACCGCAGCCCGUCCCUAGUUCCAAAUACAGCGUGUCCGCAUUGAAACGGGGCAUUUAGACAUGUCGAUGUCUUGUGUGGAUUGAAUGAUGCUGGUCGAUCUGGCUGAAUGAUGUCGAUCGUCGCUCGCGCUGUGGUAUGCAACCAAAGGCAACCGGGCGCUUGUUGCCAAC